AUGACGGAAUUGGUGCGUCAGCAGACCGAUCAAUGGAGUACCUUGAAGGCCUCCCAGGCCAAGGAGGUUCACGAGUUACUGCUUUCCUUCAUCGAUGAGAGGAAAGAAUUGCUACUCAAGAUCAUAAAAGAGGUUCAGGAAGAACAGAAACGUGAGCUUCGCAUUAUUCAGGAGCGUGACAUGAAGGAUAUGAAGGCCCAGCAGACUAAGACUUCUAUUGAAUCCAACCGAUCGGUACUCAACGAUAGGAAACUGCGCAACAAAGCGGAACGUGAGCGCCGCAUUCGCGAGUUGAAUGAUUACAACACUAAGCGCUUUAUUGAUCAGCGCAAAGCGUUGGCACAAAAGCAUGACCGUCAGUCGCAGGAGCUGAACAAACGUCACGAACGUGAAGAACAGGAGGUGCUAACCAGCCUUACUAAGGUCUGUUUUCUUCCACCGUUCACGUAA